AGGUAUGACCAAAUUGGGCAAAAAGACGAAAUCGAAAGGGUCGGUCGAGGAAACUCCGGUUGAUUGGUCAUCGCAGUUGAAUCUCCUCAGAGUGGCAAUCAUCAUCUUAGCCGGAAUCUCCUUUUCCGUAUUGAACACCAGGCAUUUGUCAACACUGUUCGAGAAUGAUCGGCACUUUUCGCACUUGGCUGAUUUUGAAAGGGAAAUGACGUACAGGACUGAAAUGGGUCUGUACUAUUCGUACUACAAAACCAUCAUCAAUGCACCUUCCUUCAUCAGCGGCCUGCAGGAAAUCACCCAUGAUAAUGUGACUGAGUAUGGACACACUAUCAACACUCUGAAGAGGUUCAACUUGUACCCGGAGGUGAUUCUUUCAUUCGCUUAUCGACAGUUCAAAACACUGACAAAUGUCUUCGGAUGGAGACUGGAACGAUGUUGGACGGUGAACAGAGGAGAACUGGAUCCGGUAGACAGCUGUGAAGGUAUAGGCAAUCCGCACUAUUUUUACAUCGACCAUGUGUUUGCAUUGGCCGGCACCACAGCAGGAUGGAUUUUUGUGCUGGGCAUACUUGUCAGCGACACAAUAUUUGGAGGCCUCAUUUCCGUACUUGCCUUUGCCUUCAACCAUGGUGAAGCCACUCGGGUUCAGUGGACGCCCCCGCUACGAGAAUCGUUCGCAUUUCCCGUGAUUGUAGCACAGAUUGCUUUGGUUACCUACAUUUUGAAAAACCAACACGCUGGAGCAAUUUAUGCAUUUGGUAUGGCCUUUCUCGGUAUGCUGGCAAUGCUAUUCUGGCAAUUCUCACAAUUUGCGUUCUUUACACAAGUCGGUUCACUCUUUGUUGUGUACACCUUGGACUUCAUUUCGCCAACUACUAUGAGAAUUUUACUAACUGCUCACUUUGCUGCCUUUGUCUCAGCAUUCAUUUUAUUAUUUGGUAACGAAAUGUUACUUACGUCUCUUUACCUCGCUAGCAUCAUAGCUGCCUUACUGCUGGUCUACUUGGAUCCGAUCUUGAACAAGCUCUCUUUCCGGCCUUUGUAUGUCAUUCUAACGGCAUCAUCUUUUGUCUCCGCUACAGUUGCAAUCAAAUUCGGUAUUGCGCGGCUGCUUCAAAUUGAGGAUGAUGCCCACAUAUUUGAUCUUCUGCGGUCCAAAUUUUCCAAUUACGCUACUUUUCACACACGUCUUUACACUUGCUCCGCUGAAUUCGAUUUUAUUGCGUUUGAGACCCUUCAAAAGUUAUGUGACACUUGGCUUAUCCCUUGCGCGUCGUUGGGUGUAUUAACGUUCAUCAUCUAUUUCUUCUUCACCGAAAGGAGCACCAUGUUAUGGAGGGAUAACGAGAGAGAGAAAGAUCACGCAGAGGUGUUCUACAAUGUCGUUCAAUGUUUUUGUUACGCUGUAAUGGCUUUGUUGAUUAUGCGAUUGAAACUGUUCAUGACCCCACAUCUAUGCAUUUGCUGUGCUAUUCUUGCCAACAAUGAGAUCUUCAGAUCCAUCAACAUCCGAAUUGACAAACGCAUCCACGCUGUUCUCAUUGUGGCGGUUAUAGCUGCGAUGGCCUAUGAAGGAAAAUCGAACAUUGAAAAACAGCUGCGAAUCAAAGGGGAGUACAGCAAUCCGGAGCAGGAGAUGCUCUUUGAUUGGAUUGUGCGGCGUACCAAGCCGGAUGAUGUGUUUGCUGGAACUAUGCCUGUUAUGGCAAAUGUCAAAUUAUCCACUUUGCGUCCUAUUGUAAAUCACCCUCACUAUGAAGAUGUUGGCAUCAGGGACCGGACGAAGAAGGUAUACUCGGUGUUCAGUAAGAAACCAUUGCGAGAGGUUCACCAGACUCUGAAGAAGAUGGGUGUAAACUACGUGGUCUUCCAGCUAUUCAACUGUGCUCCUGAGCCGAACAGGCCAUAUUGUGCUUAUCGAGGGAUGUGGGACGAAGAAGACAAGGAAAACAUCAAUCGGGUUUCGAACUGUGAUCUCUACAACGUUGCUGUGACACAAAAAGAUCCAAGCGUCAUUCAUCCGUUCAGCAUUGCUUACACUAGGAACAAUAAUUACGUGGUUCUGAAAGUUUGAUUGAGUAGGGUGGAUUGCCAGAGGAAAGGGGUAGAUAAUUGUCACUUUUGUUGAUUGUAAUAUUCGGACUCCUGAUCUGUUCGAUAAGGUUGCUAAAUUUCUUGACCACUUGUGACUGGUUGAAGGGCAUAAUCAAAAUAGGAAGAGGUUUUCUAUAAUUUAAGCAAAAGCUUCCUUCAUGUAUAUUUAUUUUUGUCGUUGCAUCUUAGACUAUCACAUGUUAUCGUUAGGUAUUCAUCACGAAGUGCCUCAUUCGAUCAUUUUCACUCAUGCACUUCUCAGAUAAUGAUUGUUGAGUUCAUCUAAAAUUGUUGAAAACCACUUUGCUUACUCUCACAUCUUUCUAUUUCUGACUCAACAAAAUCGAUUUUUCGAUAAGUAUUCCACGUAAGAUAUGAACUCUUAAUGAAUUUACAGCAAGUUUCUUUCCAAAUUCUUCCUCUGUGAUUUCUACUUUCUAAUUAAUCGCUUUGUAAAUAUUCUAAUUGUCGUCUCAUCUGUGAUCAGGUUUUUUGCUGUGUGCAUUUCAAUCACUUUC